GGUGCUGGCACCCAGCCCGGGGUCCUCUAAGCCCAUUCCUCAGGGCUGGCAAGAGGGUCUGGAUGUCUUCUCUUUACUUGAGGCCACCAUAUAAGAAAGUGAGCACUGGGCUCCUGGUUCUUUAAGCAGUUAAAACGGGGUGGAGCCUGUCUGCCACCCAAGGCCACUCAUUCAAGAGGCCAGUCACCCCAGAGUAGCAGGGAAGACUCCAGGCCUGGGCGUGUGCUAAGAGCAGAGCUACCAGAUGGGAUGGGCUGCUACAGACUCUGCACUCAUCCCAGGUGACAGCUGUGUGGAGAGCUCAAGUGCAAAGACCAUCCUGUGCUUCGGUGAGAGGAGGAGGAAGAGGACACAGCAAUCAGUGCUGCUCCCCAAAGCAGAUCAAGGCCGGCCCGGAGCCAAGGACCCAGGGGAUCUGCAGGGCUUUGCACAGGGGCCAGCACCUAGGAGGCCAAGAGGGGAGCUGAGGGGCUGAAGGGGCCUAAGGACUUCAUUGUCAGAAAUGUACCCCAGCCCGGAGCAGGGCGUGCCCCGUGGUGAGGGGGUCGCCGGAGCCCCAGCUGGCACUGUGGUGCCUCAGGAGCUGCUGGAAGAAAUGCUUUGGUUUUUUCGGGUAGAAGAUGCAACUCCUUGGAAUAUUUCCAUCUUUGCCCUGAUGGGUGUGGUGGUCGUGAUCAGCAUGGUCCUCCUGGGAAGGAGCAUCAAGGCGAACAGAAGGCAAAAGAAGCUGCCACGGGAAAAGCCAACUCCAGAAGUCUUGACUGAGGCCGGAACCAAAGAUGACAACAAUCUGAAUAUCCUAAGAGAGACUUUGCUCUCAGAAAAGCUAAACUUGGCCGAGGUGGACAUUGAGUUAAAAGAGAGGAGCAUGCCAGCCGUCUUCCUUCCAGACCCACAGGAAUCCGAGAGCUAGUGAGAGGGCAGGGCAGGCCCCCAUGUUGUGAGCAGAUAAACCGAAAGAAGUGCCAUCCAACUAAAAUUCUGUUAUGGGGGAAAAAACCCCACAAACCACGUUUUUAUUAAA